CACAGGAAAGUCUGCCUGUCUGUUAGCUGGCCACCCCGGACCCUGCAUUCUCUAUAUCUGGUCUCCCCGGACCCUGCAUCACUAUAUCCGUCUCCCCGGACCCUGCAUUCUCUAUAUCCGCUCUCCCCGGACCCUGCAUUCACUAUAUCCGCUCUCCCCGGACCCUGCAUUCACUAUAUCUGGUCUCCCAGGACCCUGCAUUCACUAUAUCUGAUCUCCCCGGACCCUGCAUUCACUAUAUCCGCUCUCCCCGGACCCUGCAUUCUCUAUAUCUGGUCUCCCAGGACCCUGCAUUCACUAUAUCUGAUCUCCCAGGACCCUGCAUUCACUAUAUCUGGUCUCCCCGGACCCUGCAUUCACUAUAUCUGAUCUCCCCGGACCCUG